UCACCUAGUGAUUACAGUUCAGAAUACCAAGAUUGAUGCAGUGAGUUGCGUGUUCGUGACCCGCAUCGAGCUGUGAAUGUUCUGCGAUGUAAAGAAUCGGCAACAGUUUUUAUGGCACAAUCAACACUAACACCGCUAUACUACACUAUUUGGCAUUAUAUUCAAUUAUGACUUAAUGUAUUAAUUCAUCACCUCAUAGCGAUGGAAGUUAUUCUAGAAACGUAUCGAAAAAAUUUAUUCCCAUAGGUGAUAAAUAUACAUUUCGCCAUGUCGGAGAGAACGCCACUAACAUCAAAUGACGCAGAGGAAGAUGAAGCUCAACGCGGUAACGAAAUGGAUAUCGAUAAAGCCAUUGUAAGCGGCAACGUGGAGGAAGUGGAAAGACUUAUUACUGAAAGCUCCGACCCAGACUCAAUGAUCAGAGACAAAAAAUUGCUUCACAAAACUUUAUCGUUUGGGAAGCGAAAGCUUUUCGUAGUCCUGAAUGUUCUGUUAAAGCAUGCUUCGCUGGAAACUCUCAAACAGAUAUACGAAAACGAUAAAACAGUUCUUCACAUUGCUGUAGAAAAAGGCCACGAUCGCUGCUGCGAAUCAAUUCUCAAGAAAAACAAGGCCAUGCUUACUUCUGUAGAUAAAGAAGGUGAUACACCUCUCCAUUACGCUGCUAAACUUGGUCAGACGAAGGUAUGUAUGAAAAUACGUGCAUAUUUAACUCCAGAAGUCAUCAACCAACAAAAUGCAAAGAACUUUACCUCACUACACUUUGCAGCGCGAGAAAAAAGGCAUGAUAUUAUGAAGAUCUUAUUGGAAAAAGGGGGAGAUCCGAGAAUGACCACUGAGCAAGGCUAUACCCCACUUCAUUUUGCCGCUCGUUGCGGAUCACUGGACUGCGUCACUCAGCUGCUCGCGACUCAAACCUGUUCCGAAGACGAAAAGGAAUACGUAAACAUGCAGACUGAACAACUAAAGACUGCUUUGAUGUUCGCUGCGCAGUCCGGCUUCGCAACGAUAUGCAAGAAACUUUCUGCUACAGAUGUCACAAUUUCCGACGUUGGCGGAAAAACAGCUCUUCAUUUUGCGGCAACCAAAGAUUGCAUUCCUGUGGUACAGUUUCUCGUUGAUGAGCUAGGUGCUGAUUGUUGCCAAGAAGACGACAAAAAGCAAUGGCCCCUGGAGAUUUCAGUGACCAAAAAAAAUGAUAAAUGUUUCAAUUUUUUCCUGCAAAAGAUUCCUGCUGAAAAAUUAGUUGACAAUGUCAUCGAGAAACUUCUUAAAUUGGCUGCUGGCAGUUCACUAAAGUGUCUCCGACAUAUGGCUGAGCGGCAAAAAUUUCAUAGACAUUUAGAAAAUUUCAAAGAUGACAAAAAAAAUAACUUGUUACACCUCACAAUUGCAAACAAGAGCUACGCUACAGCAAAGCAAUUGCUGGAAAAUGUUCCAUUUGAUAGGCUUGCGAUUAAUGAAGAUGAAGAGACACCACUACACUUGUUGGCGAAGCAGUCCACAGCCUGCUUGAACUGCCACGAAGAAGAUAUACAGUGGGUAACUCGAUAUCUGUUGCGGAACGCACAUGAAAUAGUCAACUUGCCUAAUAAAAAGGGGGAAACUCCUCUGCACUUGGCAGCUCAAUCUGGAAAUUUAGAAAUUCUCAAAUCGCUUCAUCACAAAGACCCAGAAAUCCUCAAAGCUUCUAAGCAAGGCCUAACCGCUCUCCAUUACGCAGCCCAACAAGGUCACGCUGAUUGUCUUAAAUUGCUCCUCCGUUCUCUGAAAGCCGCCGAUUUUGCGAAGCUACGUGAAAUUCACAUACACCCGUUGCAUUUGGCAUCAAAAAAUGGACACUUAGAGUGUUGUAAACUGCUUACUAAUUACACAGGGAGUGAAGACGGCACAGAUAAAACGCUAUUUUCCCUCGACCAAGGCGGCAAUUAUCCCUUGGACCAUGCGUUCAAAGGCAAGCAUGCUGAGCUCUUCCAUUUUAUGCUCUGCAAAAUGAAAUUCAAUAAGAAGCAUGAAAAACUAUCCGGCCGUUUGCACCACUACUUUGAAAAAUGUUUACGAGCAUCAGAUAGGCGGCCUUGGCGCGAAGCAGUGUCACCCGAGACAGACUCUUCCUUCAACGUUGCCGUGUUGACGGCAGUGAUCGAGAGCGAGUGGUGUGAGGUUGCGCUGGAUGGGAGCUACUGCAGUAACAUUCGUCAGCCACACGGCGACGGCAAAAAAGAGACAGAACUGCAAGACAAAAUCAUGCCCUGCAAGUCCUUUGCGCUGCUUAUCAAAAAUUAUCCUGAACUGGCGUGUCGUGCAAUGGAUAAGCACAUCACCGUCAUGCCAAACUCCGACCAAGAAAUCCAUAAUUAUACACCGUUGGAGUUUAUUUACUAUUGCAUUGAAGAUGGAAAGAGGGUGUCUCCAUUUCAGCAAGUAGCACCGAGUGUCGACCUGCUAGCGAACAACCGCCCUUCCUCAAAAUCCAAUAACAGAAAAGUCUCUGUACGCUCAAACGCUGCAAAUUCUGCUUCAUCUGACAAAAGAGAUAAUUCUCGUGGUAGCCAAAUUACUGGAUUGAACACUGCUGUUUCGAGUGCUGCUCAGCCGAAUAAGGCUGAUGAAAACCUAAAAAAACGCCUAAACCUGCUAAAAGCGCCUAAACCUGCUACUUCAAAAACUUCUGGGACCAACACCGCAGUGCACAGCGUUACACAAGAGAGUGCGAACAUUACCAGCGGGUCGCCAUCAUGCAGCUCUAACAUGCAACAACCUACAUCGCACACCACUAUCAACAUUGAAUCUCAAGCCACGACUUCUGCUGCUGUGAACUCUGCCUCAACCAUAGGCAUGAGUGGCCAACCUAAUAAGUCUGGCCACUGGUGGCUAUUUGGCUGGCGAUUAGGCCAGCCUAAUAAGGCUGGGCCUAAACCUGCUACUUCAAGCACUUCUGGGACCAACACCGCAGUGUACAGCGUUACACAAGGGAGUGCAACCAUUACCAGCGGGUCGCCAUCAUGCAGCACUAACUUGCAACAAGCUCCAGCCACUGUCAACACUGAACCUCAAGCCACGACUUCUGCUGCUGUGAACUCUGCCCCAACCAUAGGUACCAGUAACCACACAGAAUCUUCAUCGGUGAAGAGCAACGCUCAAGAGUUCAAGGACAUAUCUUGGUACAAAGAUCAUCCUUUUCAAGAAGCUGUUGCUGCUAAACAUCGUCAAGUUCUGCAUCACAAAUACACCAAAUCUUGGCUGCUGUAUAAAUUCUCCUAUGCUCGGUGGAUCUUAAUUCCAUACCUCAUCCUGGACCUGGUCACUGCCGUCUCUGUGUUCUUCCUUCAGUUGCUCCUCUGGAACACACAUGAUAUCGAAGACGUUUUCAGCGGGGCUACGUGGGCCCAGGUGACUGAGGUCUACCCAAAUCUCUGGUCUGAGAACAGCGACGUGCAGACUGUCAUGGAAGACGUGCAAGCCAUUGCCGCAUCAGACCCUCACUGCUCUUCCUGGGGGUCUAAGAACGCAUCUUCCGAAGACAUCCUCAUGGAGGUCGGGACGUCGUCCUGGAACCGUUCGGUUUGUGCCGUUUUCCACAUGGAAAAAAAGUCCUCCGUAGUCGUAGGCAUGAAAGUAUGGAUGGUCAUCCUUUUUCUAGUUCAUCUCUUCAUAGAAUUA